AUGUACAGUUUCGCUCGUAGCCGAGCUGCGGCUUCUGCCCUGCGGGCCUCUAAGACCGCCUUCUCCCCCGCUACCAGAUUCAACGGCAUCGCCCAACAACAGCGAAGAAAUCUGAGCAUUCACGAAUAUCUCUCAGCCGACCUAUUGCGACAGUAUGGCGUUAGCGUCCCGAAAGGUCGUAAUGCGAAGUCUGCCGUCGAGGCCGAGAAGGUAGCGAAGGAGAUCGGUGGUGAGGAUAUGGUUAUCAAGGCCCAGGUCUUGGCUGGUGGCCGUGGAAAGGGUAGCUUCGAUAAUGGCCUAAAGGGAGGUGUCCGUGUCAUCUACUCUCCCACAGAGGCCAAGAUGUUCGCCGAGCAAAUGAUCGGCCAUAAGCUUAUUACCAAGCAGACUGGUGCGGCUGGCCGCCUCUGCAACUCGGUUUAUAUCUGCGAGCGCAAGUUCGCUCGCCGAGAGUUCUACCUAGCCAUUCUCAUGGACCGAGCUACGCAAGGUCCCGUCAUCGUCUCCUCUUCUCAGGGUGGUAUGGAUAUCGAGUCCGUCGCCAAGGAGAACCCCGAAGCUAUCAACACCGCUUACAUCGACAUCAAGGUCGGUGUAACCGACGAGAUUGCGCGGGAUAUUGCGACCAAGCUUGGCUUCAGCGAGCAGUGCAUCGAGGAGGCUAAGGAUACCAUCCAGAAGCUAUACAAGAUCUUCCUUGAGAAGGACGCCACCCAGAUCGAGAUCAACCCUCUGUCCGAGACCUCUGACCACCAGGUCAUGUGCAUGGACGCUAAAUUCGGUUUCGACGACAACGCCGACUACCGACAAAAGGAGAUCUUCUCGUGGCGCGAUACCACUCAAGAAGACCCCGAGGAAGUUCGCGCCGCCGAGUCCGGCCUAAACUUCAUCAAGCUCGACGGUGACAUUGGCUGUCUCGUCAACGGUGCCGGUUUGGCUAUGGCUACCAUGGACAUCAUCAAGCUGAACGGUGGCCAGCCCGCCAACUUCCUUGACGUCGGUGGUGGUGCUACCCCCGCUGCUAUCAAGGAGGCCUUCGAGCUCAUCACUAGCGACGCUAAGGUUACUGCCGUCUUCGUCAACAUCUUCGGCGGUAUCGUGCGAUGCGACGCCAUCGCCCACGGUCUCAUCAACACCGUCAAGACCCUGAACCUUAAAGUCCCUAUUAUUGCUCGACUACAGGGCACCAACGUGGAGCAAGCCCACCAACUAAUCAACGACUCGGGAAUGAAGAUCUUCUCUAUCGACGACCUCCAAAGUGCCGCGGAGAAGUCUGUGCAACUUUCCAAGGUUGUGAAGUUGGGGUUGGACCUCCGGGGUGCGUGA